AUGGUGAAUUGGCCAAGAAAUUAUCGCGUUGAUGAAUUGACCGUCCAAUUGGAAACCCUAGAAGAGCGAUUCCGGGAUCUCGAUGCCAAGAUCGAAUCAAAGGCUACGGAGCAUGACGCCAAUGUGGCGGAGUUGCGCAGCAAUUUGACGGGUGAACUUGCGGCGUUUACAGAAAGAUUAGUAGAGUCGAUUAAGAUUUCGGAAAAUUGCAAUCAGGAGAAAGCUCCAAUUAUUGAAUCGAUUCCACUGGCAAUUCCAGUGGACAAGAGGUUGCCGCUUAUUCCGAUCGAUCUCGAUCCGUCAAAGGCUCCGCCCAAAUCAUCGUCAGAGAAAAGGGUUUUAACUCCAGUGGUCAAUCCAAUUCCGGUGAGGAGAGAUUUUGUUCCGACAACAGUCACUCAUAUCAACACUGUGCGUGAGGGAAGACAAACACGGCCACGCGCCAAUGAGUUGGUUCUUGGAGGUGAAUCUGGUUACCAUACAUAG